GUCCCCGGCCCCCGCCUUCCACGAGGCCCCUGAGAUCCAGGAGGACGACGAAGAGUCGCCGCCGCCGCUCCUGCUGCCGCCGCUCGCCCCAGGAGCCCCGCCCGGCCGAGGGGGCCGCCGCCGCCACCGCGCGGCCGACCCUGUACUCCCGGCAUCAUGACUCAGUUCUUGCCCCCCAAUCUCCUGGCCCUCUUUGCUCCCCGAGACCCAAUACCCUACUUACCUCCCCUGGAGAAGCUGCCCCAUGAGAAACACCACAAUCAGCCCUACUGUGGCAUCGCCCCCUACAUCCGGGAGUUUGAGGACCCCCGGGAUGCCCCUCCUCCAACUCGAGCAGAGACGAGGGAGGAGCGGAUGGAAAGAAAGAGGCGGGAAAAGAUAGAGCGGCGACAGCAAGAAGUGGAGACAGAGCUGAAAAUGUGGGACCCCCACAAUGACCCUAAUGCUCAGGGUGAUGCUUUCAAAACUCUCUUUGUGGCCCGAGUGAACUAUGACACAACAGAAUCAAAACUCCGGAGAGAGUUUGAGGUGUAUGGACCCAUCAAGAGGAUCCACAUGGUCUACAGCAAGCGGUCUGGGAAGCCCCGGGGCUACGCCUUCAUCGAGUAUGAGCACGAACGGGACAUGCACUCGGCUUAUAAACAUGCAGAUGGGAAGAAGAUCGAUGGUAGGCGGGUGCUGGUUGAUGUGGAGAGAGGUCGCACAGUGAAGGGCUGGCGGCCCCGCCGGCUUGGGGGCGGCCUUGGGGGCACCAGACGAGGGGGGGCUGACGUCAACAUCCGGCACUCGGGCCGAGAUGACACUUCGCGUUACGAUGAGAGGCCUUGUCCUCCAAGGGACCGGGACAGGGAACGUGAGCGGGAGCGCCGAGAGCGAAGCCGAGAGCGUGACAAGGAGCGGGACCGUCGGCGUUCCAGGUCCCGGGACCGGCGACGGCGUUCCAGAAGCCGGGAGAAGGAGGAACGGAGACGCUCACGAGAGAGAAGUAAGGACAAGGACCGUGAGCGGAAGCGCCGCAGUAGUCGGAGCCGAGAGCGAGCACGGAGAGAGCGAGAGCGCAAGGAGGAACCUCGGGGUGGGGAGGGUCCGGAGCCCCCAGAGGCAGGCGAUGCACCCACUGAUGAUGGCCCUCUGGGGGAGGCUGGCCCCGAUGGACCGGAUGCCCCCGAGGAGAAGGGCCGGGACCGGGACCGGGACCGACGCCGCAGCCACCGGGGGGAGAGGGAGCGGCGGCGGGAUCGGGAUAGAGAUCGUGAACACAAGCGAGGCGAGCGGGGUGAAAGGCGGGACGAGGCCUCCCGUGGUGGAGGGGGUGGAGGUGGCAGCGGUGGUCAGGACAACGGGCUUGAAGGGCUCGGGGCUGAUGGGCGGGACCUCUACAUGGAGGCCGAUGCUGGCGACGGCUAUCUGGCUCCUGAGAAUGGCUACCUGAUGGAGCCGGCGCCAGAGUGAGCAAGAGAGCAGCGACGCUGCCCCCUCCCCAAAUGAAAAGACCACCACCCCUUUUUCUCCCAAUCACGUGAAUGUGUCUCUGCCCCUGUCCCCCCACGGCAUCCUCUGUCCAGACCCUUCUGAUUAUUCAAUAAAAUGGAUUUCCUGCGGA